GCGGCCGCAGUUGUCACCGGUAGCGGCAGGGUCGGUCAGUGGGAGCGACUCUGUCCUCGGGAGCGUCGCUGUACUAAGCCCUUCCCUUGGUCCGGCACCUCCGCCAUGACCACCACGGCCACGUUCUCGGGCAUGGACCCCAAUGGCAGGAACAGCUCCAGAGUGCUGCGUCCUCCCGGUGGCGGCUCCAACUUCUCCCUGGGCUUUGACGAGCCCAAAGAACAACCUGUGAGGAGGAACAAAAUGGCAUCCAGCAUCUUUGGAACUCCUGAGGAGAACCCACCUUCCUGGGCUAAAGCAUCAGGGGCUAAGCCAGGUGAAACCAGAGACAGCUGUGAACCCUCUGGACCACAAAGAACAAACUCAACUGAGGCAAACUGUGGAGACUUCAUAGAUCCCAAGGGAGGAGAUGUUGGUGGUGACAUUUUUGCAAACUCUGCAUUUACAGAAAAGAUCAAACCCAGCUACUGCUUCUGCAAGUGUCUGCAUUAACCAGCUCUUGACUUCCUGUUGCUUUUUAAAUGCUGAUUUUCACCAAGGAAGUUGAUCUACAUAUACUGCAAAUCUCCUGUAAACAGGCAUUUCCCCUUGAAGUGCUUUUUCUAGCUCUGAGGCUGGAAAUGUCUCCUUUUCAAGGUUUGCUCUAGGAAUAUCUGACUUCCUGAUGACAGGAAUGUGUUUGUUGACUGCUGCUUUCCAAGUGCUACUUUCAACACCUAAAAGUGGAGGGACAUCCCUGAGGCCAUUAGCACCUCCAUGUCCUGAAAAGACUUUUGCUGGGAGGGGGGAGAGCUUUUCCAGAACAUUUCCACUACCUCUCAGUGGUAUCUGUGCCCAAAAAUAAGUGUUGCCUCUCUAGCAGGCUGCUUCUAAUCCUACUCUACAGGCUCUAGUAUUUCUUUCACAUGUCUGUCUGAUCUUAAUUAGCGCUGUAGGCAUCCAGAGUUUGUGCCUUGAGUAGGAGGAUGUGGUUUGCUAAUAGAAGAAAACUGCACUGAGGGCUCUGCUGCUUUUCCUGGUGCUUGUUUAAACCAGCUCCCCACAGGGCAGAGGAGAUCCCACAAACAGUGGGGAGGUGAGAAGGGUUGAGAUGCCAGGAAGCAGAAAUAGGGCUGCCUGGGAUCAGGACAGCUGGUUGAAAUUUGGAGUGCAAAGUGGUAUUCCUGACUUCUAAAAAAAAGUUCACAUUAUCACAGGUGUUGUAUUUGUCUUUUAGGUUGUUUUUGGCAAGUGACAGUGAAGGAAGUUCUUACCAAGGGUCAGGUGAAUCUAUGCUGGGAGGUGGUUAAAAAACAAGUGUUAGGGAAGGUAACUGGGAUUGUUUCCUGUUGUGGCCAUGACUGAAAAGUAAAUUUUUGAAGUGGCCAAGAUGAAAUAAAAAUGGCAGGCAAAGGCUGGAAUGUUAAACUUUCACUGAUAGUACUUAGGAAGGAGUAGAAAUUAAUGCCUCCUGGAAAUGGUGUCUGUGGCAGAUACCUGAACAUCUUGAUGGAUUGUUAAAUGAAUUCCUACCAUUGACUGCUUUGGGUGUUGUAGCUCAGUGGAGUCCAGUCUCACUGAUCUGGUUGUCACUCCUCUCCUGGAUUUUCCUGCUGUGGGAUGGCAGAUUUGGACUGCUGAACAUCUCACUGGCACUCCUGUGACUUUGUGCUGGCCUUGUAGGGCUGCCUCUGGGAUUUGGAAAGGAACAAUGAACACACCUCCAAGCAAAAAGCUGUCUGACAACACCUUCACAGUACAACCUGAUUCUGAAUAGGUUUCUGUUAUUAAGAAAUGUUUAUUCUUUUGAACGUGGAAAUUAUUUUCUAUAUGUAACUGAUUAUAAAACCCCAAGUAUGUGUCA